AUGGCAGAUACUACGGUGAAGGGUGCCCAUGUGCAAAACGAGGAGCAGCUUGUCACAUCGACAGGAUUUCAUCAGCUAGAGCUAGAAGGCAGUGGGAAAGAAGACACCGAACAUGGCACGGGCUAUGAUCAGGAUGAUAUGACGCGCAUGGGGAAAUCCCAAGAGUUUAAGAGAAACCUCCGACCAUUAGCUGCUCUAAGUUUCGCUUCGGUCCUUCAAGCUACUUGGGAGUUCAUUUUGAUAUCGAAUUACGAAGGUCUUUUGGAUGGCGGACUGGCGGGUCUCUUUUGGACAUAUGUUUGGACCUUUGUCGGAUUUGGAUUCAUUAUCGUCUCGCUAUCCGAGAUGGCGUCCAUGGCACCCACGUCUGGUGGACAAUACCACUGGGUGUCGGAGUUUGCGUCGCCACGGUAUCAGAAGUUCCUCAGUUAUAUCACCGGUUGGAUGUCUGUCCUGGCUUGGCAAGCUGGUGCAGCCUCUGGGUCGUUCCUGACAGGAACCAUCAUCCAGGGGCUCAUCAGUGUGCGUAACCCGGACUACGAUCCUCAAAGAUGGCAAGGCACUCUGUUCGUGUUUGCGAUGAUUGCCAUCAUCUACUUCUUCAACGUCUACGCAGCAAGCUGGAUGCCUCGUAUCCAGAACCUGCUCCUAGCCCUUCACGUUCUCUGCUGGGUCGUGGUCAUCGUCGUCCUCUGGGCCAUGGCGCCGCGCCAGCCCGCAAAGACCGUCUUCACCGAAUUCAGCACUCUGGGGGGGUGGAACAAUGUUGGUGUAGCCUUGAUGAUCGGCCAGAUCUCCGCCAUCUACGGGUCGCUCAGCUCUGACGCAACCGCACACAUGUCCGAGGAAGUGCGCGAUGCCGGCCGCUACGUCCCCAUUGCCAUCGCCUGGGGUUAUUUCAGCAACGGGAUCAUGGCCCUGGUGCUCAUCAUCACUCUCCUCUUCGCCAUGCCAUCCGUGCAAGCCGCACUUGACGACCCAACUGGCUUCCCCUUCAUCUACGUCUUCGCGCAAGCCGUCCCCCAGGCCGGCGUGAACGGCCUCACAGCCAUCAUCCUGAUCCCCGUGAUCUUCAGUAACAUCCUCUUCAACGCCUCCACCGCCCGCCAGACCUACGCCUUCGCGCGUGACAAGGGCCUCCCCUUCUCCAACUGGAUCUGCACCGUCAACACCCGCCGCAAACUCCCCGUGAACGCGAUCGGCCUGUCCUGCGUCAUUUCCGGCCUUCUCUCGCUCAUCAACAUCGGCUCCGAAACGGCCUUCAAUGCCAUUAUCUCGCUCAACGUCGCUGCCCUCAUGUGGACCUACGCUGUCUCUAUCACCUGCGUAAUGUGGCGUAGAAUCUUCCACCCCGAGACACUCCCCACGCGGCGCUGGAGUCUCGGUCGGCACGGAGUGUGGGUCAAUUUCGUGGCGCUCUUGUAUACGCUGUUUGCCCUGUUUUGGUCCUUCUGGCCGACGGAGGUUCCAGUGACGUUGGAUAAUUUUAAUUGGAGCGUGGUGUUGUUUGGAGGGAUCUUCAUUAUCAGUUUGGUGAUGUAUGUCCUGGUUGGGAGGAAGGUUUAUGAGGGCCCGGUUGUGGAUGUGAAAAGGGCUGAGAUGGAAAACUUGACUGGUUUGAGAGAUGGAGAAAAGGGGUAA